AUGGAACAAGAACCUGCAACUCACGAAACAGAUGCCAGUUCUGUGUCUGCAAAGCCGAUGCCGCCCAUAAGCGCAUCAAAACAGCGGAAAACGCGAAAGUUUACGCUUUCGAAAUAUACCAUAUAUGAAACGAAGGACCGAAUGUACGUGGUUGGAAGUAAUAAGCGGGAAACAAUGUUCAGAAUUCUGGAAAUUGACCUCUCUGUACCGACGGAUAAUCUUUCAGUACUCGAAGAUAAUGUGUUUUUCACUCGAUCGGAGAUCAUGAACGUCCUUGCAGCGCUAGAAGAUGCAAACGAUGAGGGUUUGAACAAAAGACUGACAGGUUAUGGCUUGCUUGGAUUCAUUCGAUUCACGGACUGCUAUUAUCUCAUCGUCAUUACCAAAACGAGCCAGGUGGCUGUGCUGGGCGGUCAUUGCAUAUACCACAUAGAUGAGACAGAACUGGUGCCCUUGUCGAACUCUUACAAGAGACCUGAUAAGUACUCGAUAGAGGCACGCUUUCUCAGUACUUUCUUGAAUUUGGAUCUCAGCAAGACGUUCUACUUCAGUUACACUUACGAUAUCACCAAUACUUUGCAAACGAACGUACUCAGAGAAAAAAUGAAGGCCGUAGGCCGCCCAGAUCUUUCCGUCCCGAGCGGAAUACCAGAUUACAACGAUAUGUUCAUGUGGAAUAGCAAUCUAUUGAAACCCGUAUUUCCGUGCAUUGACACUGUUUACGAUUGGUUCCAAGCUAUGGUCCAUGGCUUUAUUGAUCAAGUUAACGUCUUGAUUUGGGGGAGGAGCGUCUAUGUUACUCUAAUUGCUCGAAGGUCCCAUCACUUCGCUGGUGCUAGGUACCUGAAAAGAGGCGUUAACAAACAGGGGUUCGUUGCAAACGAAGUAGAAACGGAGCAAAUUGUCUCUGAUAUGAUACUGACUCCAUUUCACUGCCCCGAUAAUGGUUAUUUUGAUAGUGAUCGAUAUACCUCUUUUGUGCAGCAUCGAGGUUCUAUCCCAUUGUGCUGGUCACAAGAAGUAUCGAACCUCACUGCCAAACCACCUAUUCAGGUAAACGUCAAAGAUCCUUUUUUCAGCUCUGCGGCAAUACAUUUCGAUAGACUGUUCCAACGUUACGGAGGUGGACCUAUUCAGGUACUUAAUCUCAUUAAAACAAAAGAAAAGAAUCCGCGCGAGGUUAAUUUGUUGAAUGAGUUCGAGGAAUGUAUCAACUACUUAAAUACUUUUCUCCCCGACAGCAAGAAGAUACAAUAUACAUCUUGGGACAUGAGCAGGGCUUCGAAGUCGCACGGCCAGGUGGUGAUAGAAUUUCUUGAACGAUAUGCCCUAAACACUGUUGAAACAACAGGAAUAUUCCACAACGGGCGUGAUUUCAAGAGUACGCGUAUUCAAGAAGGCAUCUGCAGGACCAACUGCAUCGAUUGUCUUGAUAGAACCAAUGCUGCCCAAUUUGUUAUUGGGAAGAGGGCCCUGGGCGUGCAGCUUGAGGUUCUAGGGAUUGGAGAUAAUUCGUUUCUUGAAUACGAUUCCGACAUCGUGCACAUUCUCACCGAACUUUUCCAUGAUCACGGGGACACAAUCGCAUUACAAUAUGGUGGAUCACAUCUGGUCAACACCAUGGAAACCUACCGGAAGAUUAAUCAGUGGAGUUCUCACUCAAGGGAUAUGAUUGAAAGUAUAAAGAGGUUCUAUAGCAAUUCGUUUGUGGACGCCCAAAGGCAGGAUGCUAUAAACUUAUUCCUGGGACAUUAUGUCUGGCAGGAAGGUAUACCUGCACUUUGGGAGAUGAACACCGAUUUUUACCUUCACAUGGGCCCAGAUCUGGAUUCGCCUAAAAGAAGUUAUACCAAGUGGUGGAACAUUUACCACAUUAGAAGCUUGCGAGACACGAUUCAACGCGAAAUUCUUGGUAAAGACAACGACAUGACCAAGGUAAAGACAUACAAGAAUAUACGAGGUUACCCAGGUGCCUUCGAUAAUUAUUGGAAUGAGUAUUAUGCACCUCGUCUGCUUUCCUCCUUCCGAGAUUUGUUUGCCUUCCGCAUGAAUUCAACUAGACGUUAUAGUACAGGCGAAAAGAGGGGUAGCGCGCUUUCACCAUUUCAUUCCCGGAAACAAAGCUUUUUAAACAAAAAGCUGCGCGACUUCGUAUUGAAAAAGCCGGAACGUAUUGAUACAUCGAGUUCCGAUACACAUGAUUUUACCAUGAAAGACGAAAAUGAGCUUUAUCAUGUUGUUUUGCAAAAGCAGGCCGCAGAACUAGGAGCACUGAAAGAGCAGCUUGACGGAUUUUCUUUAAUAAAAAGUGGCGGGAAUAACGUAAAAGUAGACAAGGAUUAUGCGCUGGAGUCGGGAACUGUGUUUUCAUCAGACAACAUGCCCCCUCCAUACUCAUCUGCAGGUUUAACUCUGCUUGGUGAAAAGAAUUUUUACGAGGAACAUUGUAAAAUAUCAGAGUAUACCGUUCUGGACCAAUAUGCUUCACAGGAACACUGGGAUACUCACGUCACAACGGAAGAAGCUGAGAUUUAUAUGUCUUUCACGAAGGAGAAUAGUAGUUUUAUGUAA